CCAAUUUCAAGGCAGUUGUUUUCGCUCAGGUACAUAAGCGAAGGAGCUCCCAAUGACGACUAAAAUUUGAGCCAUCGGAUUGUCCGACAAACAUUAUCUGCCCUAUUUUCCCUAUUUUCAUAAUCAUAGGAUGCUUCUCAAAUCAUUCCUCGCUGCAGCGGCGGCUGCCAUCGUUCCCGGAUCGGCUUUCUCGGCAUCUGUCCCGUCUCUGGAGGUCCCGGCAUGCCCCAGCACGGCUACCGUCCAGUACAACAAAUCAGUCCCGGACGGGGCCGACUUCCCCCUCACCCAGGUUGAUCUCUGCUACGACGACUGCUCAAUCCGGCUCACCUUCACGGCAUACAAUGAGACCAAUUUCUUCUUCAACCCCAGCUACGACACCAAUGAUCCCAUCUGGGAAUAUGAGGUCAUGGAAACCUUCAUCUACCGCGGCACCAACGACCCCCAGACCUACCUCGAGUUUGAGAUCAGCCCCGACAAUGUCACCUUCCAGGCCUUCAUCUACAACCCAUCCAAGGUGCGCACAGAGGGCGCCCCCUUCGACACCUUCUUCAUCACCGAGCCCCUCGUCGACGGCCUGACCGCCGAGACCGCUCUCGACAGGCGCGCCGAGACCUGGGUCUCCGAGGCACGCAUCCCGCUGGGUCUGUUCAACGUCGACGACGGACAGGCCAAUGGCACCGAGUGGAGGAUGAACUUCUUCCGCACCGUCACUUCGCCGCGCACGUUCCCGGACCAGCUGCUGGGUGCGUGGAGCCCACCCGAUCAGCCGAAUUUCCACAUGACGCCUUUCUUCGGCCAUGUGAAGUUCGUUUAGCCCUCCCGAGUCUUACCAGCAACCGGUUAGGCUGGGCGAUGCAGACCAUGCAAUGUUACGUUUGUUCUACUCUUGUAAAUUAUCUUCGCAACGCGGUGGUGGAGGUGUGAGAGAGCCAGGUUCGGCAUGCAACUCCUAUUAUGCCUACACUGUAAUUAUGUUCUCCUUGGUUUCGACGGAACCGUUGGCACUCUUUGAUGAAGCGGUGAAACGGAGUAUCAUGGGAAAGGAUGUCUCGUAUUCUGUGUCCCAAUCUACCUAUUUGGUGCCUGUAGAAAGAUGCCAAAGUCUAAUAAUAAAAUACAAAACGAGACCAUAAGCCAA